UUCUAUGGAUCAAGGUAGCGGCCAGUAGCAAGACGGUCUCAAGCAAGAGAGAUAAGGGUAUUCUAUAAGAAACUCAAGUAGAAGUAUUAAGAAAGUUACUUGUUUAUGAACUGCAAUUCUUAUUCAAGGUAGCGGCCAGUAGCAAGACGGUCUCAAGCAAGAGAGAUAAGGGUAUUCUAUAAGAAACUCAAGUAGAAGUAUUAAGAAAGUUACUUGUUUAUGAACUGCAAUUCUUAUUCAAAAAGAAAUGUCGACAGCAGGAGCAGCAGUUAAUGUGUUAAUUACGUACAAAACACAAAAGAAAGUAUUGAGUGUUCGCACAGACUUGGGUGCUACUACUUUGCUACUAAAAGACAGAUUUGUCUCACAAUUUAAUGUUGACUGUAAUGCAUCUGUUUCUUUUCAAAGAUAUGAUUCAAGGUUUGAUGAGUAUGUAGAUUUGUCAGAAGAUGACACUAUUGAAGAUUGUGAUAAAUUAAUUGCUAUUGUGUCCAAUAUCAAUGAUCAGGAAUUAGUAUCAUCACAGCUGAAUUGUGAAACUUUGCCUCAAAAAGAGAAUGGAUGCAGUUCAUUGGACGAUCCUACAGAACAGCCUGAUGCUUUGGCAAUCGCCAAAGAGGUUGUUAUUACAAAUGACAACAUUCCUUGCUCACUUUUCUCUUUGUUGACACUACCAUAUAUUGUUCCUGAUUCAAAGGCCAAGAUAACACAUACUACGCUUAUGCAAUUUUUACCUGAGGCAUAUGAAGAUAUUCAAUAUGAAAUAGACCAAAUUUCUAUAAGCACACCAUAUUUGCUGAUAGAGGGUUUUAUUAAUAAUCCUAUUCAAGUUUAUCUUGUGACAGAUCGUUUCCUAAUUUGUGAUGUUCCUAUGAAGUCCUCUCUUUUUUCUUUGAUGGCGGCAUACUUCGUAUACUAUAUAAAGUAUCCAUAUGGCUUUAAUAAUUUUUUUUCUUUCCUUGAGGUUAUUCUGUUUGGACUGAAACCUGAGAAAGUUACUACAACUGUCAAUAACUUACUUUCUCGAAUAUGCAACAAUUAAUAACAAGUAUCAUGCUUCAUAGAAGUACCUAUAUAAAAGAAGAGUAACAAUUAUAUAGACAUUAUAAUUUUUUUUACUUAAGUUUUUUGUCUUUAACUUUACCUUUAGAAAUUUUAUCUUUUUUUGUAUUUUUUUUUAAAUGUUUUACAAACACUAAAUGAAGUGUGACAAGUACACUAAAUGCAAUUGUAAUACCAACACUAUAACUUAGAGUGUGAUAUGCACACCGAAGAAGGUGUUCAUAUAGGGACAACGGUAGCACACUUAAAUUAGUGUGAACAGCACACUUUGUUUUUUUCA